GUUAUCACCUAUCCAAUAACCUAACUGCGCCCCAUAAUUUACGAACCCUUCUUCGUCAUCAGAUCCGAUCUCACCAUAAUGGACGAAUGGAUCGGAGAUCAGAUCAUGUCCGCCACCGGAAACCGCCGUUACCCGCCGCCAGAUUGGGGGUUUCUCUCACCUUCCGAUAACAACGGCGGCUUAUUCCAAACUCCUAUGAUCAGAAAACACAAUCACCAGCAGUUUGGGCUGUUCCACGUAAACCCUAAUAAUGGAAUCCACGUCACCACAAACACCGGCAGUAGCGCCGCCUUAGAUUAUUUUCCGCCGGAGUUUUUACCGUCUACGAGGUUGUCGCCGGCAGCGGGCACUAGAUUUAAUUCUGGAGGUAUGAAUAUGAAUCCUUAUUACUCUCCUCAUGGUAGUCGGCAAUUUCAGAAUCUUGGAGAUCCGAUGAGUUCAAAUUUUAGGGUUGGAAUCCGGAACCUGCCGGCGCCGGAGCAAAGGGUUCCGGCCAGAUUCUACCGGAGUAGAGAUGAGACGACAAUAUCUCUCCGGGAAUUAGAAGAAGCUCUACUGGAAAGUAGCAUUAACAUUAACCUCGGGAAUGGGUUUAGGGUUCGAAAUAAUAAUAUUGUGAAUAUGACUCCGCCGCCGCGGCUGGAGGAGCUGAGGGGCGGCGAGAAGAUGAUUUUUGCGAUCAAGGAUCAGCAGAGCUGCCGUUUUUUGCAACAGAAGCUGGAGGAGGGGAAGCCGGAGGAGGUUGAGGUCAUAUUUUCCGAGGCAAAAGAUCGGGUGGGGGAAUUGAUGAUUGAUCCUUCAGGGAAUUAUCUGAUUCAAAAACUUUUUCAAGUGUGCAAUUCACAUCAAAUGAACCACCUACUUCUCUCCGCCGUCAGGGAUGAACGUCAACUUCUCGCCAUUUGUCUUGACAUGCACGGGACGAGGGCGAUGCAAACAAUGCUGCAGCAUCUCAGAACAAAGGAGCAAAGAGUUUUGGUUGUGUCUGCCCUAAGGCGCAUCACUGUAACUUUGGCUAAAAGCGUUAAUGGCCACCAUGUCAUCCAACACUGUAUUAAAUUCUUCUCUCAUGAAGAGAAAAAGCCAUUAUUGAAUGUGAUAGCAGAGAAUUGUGUGAACAUUGCAACUGAUAAAAGUGGCUGCUGUGUUAUCCAACAUUGUGUGGAGAAUGCUGAUGUUCAAUCUCGAGAGCCUCUCAUUGCUGAAAUUACUGCAAAUUCCCUAGUCCUUUCUGAGCAUCCUUACGGGAACUACGUGGUGCAAAACAUAUUGGGACUCAAAAUAGCAGGAGUGAAAGAGGGUAUCUUGAAAAGGCUAAGGGGAAGUUUUGUUUCUCUAUCGAUGAACAAAUAUGGGAGCAAUGUGGUUGAGAAAUGCCUGAAAGAGUUUGAGAGUGAGGAAACAAUAGCGCAGAUCGUACAAGAGAUAAUGUAUAGUCCAAAUCUGUUGAUGCUUCUUCAAGACCAGUAUGGGAACUACGUUGCCCAAUCUGCCCUCGCAACAUGCAAGGGGUAUGUCCGGCAAGAAAUGGUAACUCUGAUAAACGGGCAUUAUAACUACUUGCACAGCCACCCAUACGGGAAAAGAGUGUUGGCCAAAACAAGAGGAAAUAAGCAAAACGAGUAAUAAUUUACUUAUUAAUGGAAGUUGGGGAUCGGACUUCUAUAACUAAGUACAAUUGUGGGGUUGUCUCCUUUGUAGGGUCUUCAAUUCGUGUUGUUCCAUUCAUUUAUCAUCAUUAGUAGAUCGAUGUAAAAUAAAAAUGUUUGUCGUUAGUAUUGUUUGUAGUAUUUGCUAGCAGCUUAUAAGCUAGUUGUGGUUUGUAACUUGGUAUGUAUUCUCUCCCACUGUUGCCUUGUUUGUUGACUGUUAUAAUAAAUCAUUGUUGUGUGUCUAAUAUUAAUGACAUUUUUAAUAUUCGUG